AUGACUUCGCACAAUUUACCAGAGCUCACGAAUCUCAAAGAGUUCAUCACCGUUCUCGACGCACAAAGAAUUGCAUCUCAUCAGGAAGACCUGGAUCGUGUCGCGCAACGCCUUCUUGAAACAUACCGCGCUUGCCUUACACAGCGCAAUGCUCUGGCUAGAAUCAGCCGCCUCCCUCCGGAGACGAUGCUGCACGUCUUUGCCGAGAUGGACAUCAAGGAUCUGAUACACUCAUCAUGGGUAUGCCGUCGGUGGCGUGCCAUCGUGCUCAAUAACGCAGGUCUUUGGGCCGCACACACGCUCGCGAUACUAAACCCCAUGAUGGUGAAGGCUGUUCUCGGACGCUCGAAAGAGGCCCCAGUCACGAUUCGGUUAACCCGACAGGCUUUAGCAGCCAAGGACGAACAACAUACCCUCAAAUACAUUCAUCUACCGCCCCUUGUCAAAGCAGCUAUCACUCAUGCAUUUGACGAAGCAUGGCGUGCCAAAAGCGUCUACCUCUCUGGAACCACCAGUUUCUUGCGCGAUUUACUUCGAAAAUUAUCCGAUUGUGUACGCCAUCAGACACCAUCUGUAUUAGAGUCUUUCACGCUGGAAACGCUUCAAACGCCAAGCCUCACAGGCUUUGAUCCGCGCACCAUAUUCUCGUCUGCUGCCUUAUUUGGCGGCCAGAACCCCGAUCUGAAACAGUUAUCCUUGCGAGGACUUGCUCCUUCAUGGCCGUAUCCAUUAUUUGGAUCCAACAUUAAGCAUCUCUCUUUACGAUUCAGACUUCCCCUUCCUGCGCAGUGUCUACCUCCAUCGUACGAUGACUUGUUUGCGUGGUUAGGCACCUUGCCCCUUCUCCAGCAUCUCGACUUGGAAAACGCUUUUCCUGCCGAUACCUUGUCCCCAUCCGCGCAAUAUAGGCUACCAAACCUCCAGGAGAUCAUUCUCUGGGCCCGGCCCUCCGAGGUCAUAGAUCCUUUUCGAUCUCUACUUCUACCUUCCUCGAACCGCAUGCGUGUCAUAUGGCGCAACAUAUACACUCGCACAGAUGAUGUCGAGAUUGAAGCUCAACACUUCUCCAUGUUGUCUUCACCGUCUCUGUCGAAUUAUGACGUUGCGAUGGGCGGGGUAUCUAAGCUCACAUUCAAGCCGAUACGCUUCUUGAAAGUGACUAUCGACGUGUACGGCCCAAUCACCAUCGACGGAUAUUCAUCCCUUACGCAUUGGCCGCUGCGCAGCACCAGCAGCAUCGGUGCUAAUGUAUGCACUUCUCAGACACAUUUCACACUCGAGACCAUCUGCCACCCCCUCUUCGUGGACGCCAUAUACUCCCUCAUGAUACUCAUACAUAUACUCCACGUCUCCAGUGUAGAAUCCCUCUUCCUCUCGGUCCCUACGCUUACACACCGAGCCCGCACUCAUUAUCUGCAGGAUGCCCGACCGUUCAGCACUGUUCACACAGUUGUCCUGGAAAAUUCGGCCGCUCUUGUUCUUUUUCUAGAUAUGCACGUCAGCGUCUGGAAAUCUGGAAUCCCAGAUCCGGACUGCGACGCAUAUAACAUCAUAUUUCCGCUGCUUCGUCGGAUCAUUUUGCUGGAGGUCGACGCAGAGCCAGAGUUGAAGCGCAGGUUCCUUGGGUACUUGAAGGAUUGCCAAGAGCGAGGUAAACAGUUAGAGGAAUUGCGUGACGAAGGUAUUCGUGGUAGAGUUGUGGACUCGGAAUGGUUGGCGGCAUUGCAGACCGUUGUGCACAAGGUCGAUUGGAAGUAG